CAUCAUUUCCCACAAUGCUGCUGCCGCACCAGUCCGGAAGUAAGACGUUUAUUGACAAUAUGGCCACUGUGCUGGGUUUGGAUUUGGAGAAAACUGUAAUUUGACAGCACUCACCGGGGCUGCGAUAAUAACCCAUUUCCAUAUCAGGAGUGUACAGAACAGAUGCAUUUGAAUGAAGGGACCCGCGAAUCCACGGGAUGGUGUCAGUGAGCUGAGGAAACGUUCAGAGUGUGAAACCCGUCAUGUCGUUUUUCAAGAGGAAAGCCAAAAGCAAAGAACCUGAGAAAGUGACAGAUGCUAAAGUCAAUAGAGCUCCACCCAGCCCUCACUCUCCAUCACUUGGACUGAGGAACCACCAUGCCAUCCAGGAAGCUGCCGGGCCCAGCCAUGUGGCCAUCAACGCCAUCUCUGCCAACAUGGACUCCUUUGCCCGCGGUCGCACCGCCAUCCUCAAGAAACAGCCGAGCCACAUGGAGGCCGCACACUUUGGAGAUCUUGGUCAUUCCAGUGUGAACUAUCAGCCCCAAGAGGACCGCUCUCGGCUGUCAAAGACGGUGGAACAUGUCCUUCGGGACAACGUGGCGAUACCCCACUACAUGCAUUUCAUGGAACACCAGGGCGCUGACCACCUGGUUCGGUUCUGGUUGGAGGCUGAGAGUUUCCGCUCUACCAGCUGGUCGCGGGUCCGAGCGCACAGCCUAAACUCUGUCAAACACAGCUCCUUGGCCGAGCCCGUCCCUGCCUCCCCAGGUGGCUCAGAGCUCCCGGAGCUUGCCCAACACACAACCAAUGCUCUCACCCGGGACAGUAGCAGUGAACGCCUGGCAGCGCAUCCAGAGCAGCGGGACUCCUUCAGCACAGAAGCAGGCCUGAGACCUGGCACCCCUCAAGCAGGAACCCCCAGCAGGCAGGCCCCCUCCCAGACAGGGACUCCCUACAAGGCGCUGUCAAACAGCACCCUGCGAGACCUCUCAGACAAACUCAUGAAAAUUCUAGAGAAAGAAGCAGUUACCAUCUUCACCAAGUACAUCUCUCCAGACGCUGUGAGGCCCAUCCCCAUCACAGAACAGAUCAGAACCGACAUAGUUGCUAAGAUAUGUGGAGAGGAUGGCAUGGUGGACCCAAACUGCUUCGUCAUUGCACAGUCAGUAGUCUUCACCAUCUUGGAGCAACAGCACUUUAGCGAUUUCCUGCGGAGCCAUCAUUUCUGUAAAUACCAGAUCGAAGUGUUGACUAGUGGCUCUGUGUUCCUAGCUGACAUCUUGUUCUGUGAGUCAGCUCUCUUCUACUUCUCUGAGUUCAUGGAAAAGGAAGAGGCGAUGAAUGUACUGCAGUUCUGGCUGGCGGCAGACAACUUCCAGAACCAGCUGGCAGCUAAAAAGGGCCAGUAUGAUGGCCAGGAGGCUCAAAAUGAUGCCAUGAUCCUCUACGACAAGUAUUUCUCACUCCAGGCCACCAACCCUCUGGGCUUCGGCGACUCUGUACGGAUGGAGAUAGAGUCGAAUAUCUGCCGAGAGGGGGGGCCCCUCCCCGACUGUUUCACCACUCCACUCAGACAGGCCUGGACCACCAUGGAGAAGGUCUACAUGCCAGGCUUCCUGUCUAGCAACCUUUACUACAAAUACCUGAGUGACCUCAUCAACUCGGUGCGGGCGGACGAGUUUGUGAAUGUCAGCUCUCCGGGUCAGGGCGGGCCCGCAGACAACGAGCGUUCAAGUUCAAAUGCCAGCGAAGGCUCUCAGACUCAGCAAGGUACCAAAAGGGCAGCGAUCAAGAUCCUGAAAAACUUUGACGAGGCCAUCACGGUGGACGUCGCCAGCCUGGACCCUGAGUCCCUGUACCAGCGGCCAUACGCUGGAAGGAUGACGUUUGGGAAGGUGAAUGAGAUGGGCCAGUUUAUCAGGGAGGCAGAGCCAGAGCCGGACGUGAAGAAAUCCAAAGGUUCCAUGUUUUCUCAAGCCAUGAAGAAAUGGGUCCAAGGCAACUCGGAUGAGGCCCAGGAGGAGAUGGCGUGGCAGAUUGCCAAGAUGAUUGUCAACGACGUGGUCCACCAGUCAAAUCACGACAGCCCCGGCAAGGCCACCAAGUUAUGACCCCACUGAGGAACCAAAGGACUGGCACUGGCCAAGCCAGUGACAACCCGUACACAGGGUUCACCCUCCAAUGAACUGCAUCACUCUGAGAACGAACAAGGCAUUUUUAUCACACCCCAACUAUAAUGUGUGUGUGUGUGUGUGUGUGUGUGGCUGUGAGCUUGGGUGGGUGAUUGUUCAAGCAUGGGCUAAUGGAAAAGUUGAAGUACAUCAUUGUUCCAAUCUUCCAACUCCAUGAAACUUUUAAGGUACACGUGUAGUAGUCAAAGGUAAGGCAACUCUAAGCGCUCUCAUCAGAGUGGAGGAAGUCACUCCUGAAGAAAGAAAAAUAUACAACACACACACACACACACACACACUUGAAGAAAGCCGGCAUGAAGAAGCAGCAUGUCCGCCAGGACCAUCACUGCGUUGCUGUAGCCAUACUGUCUGAAAAUGUCUCUUAUCUCGGACCUAAGGAGGAUGUGACAAAGACUGAAGGACUGAAUUACACUCCCUCAUGACACUCCUCCCUACACCUUUUAUAACCAUUCCUUGUUUUUAGAUGAAAUUCCCUCUUAAGGGUCAGCCACGUAAGGCUUAAGCAGAUGAAAAUCAGCAUUGUACAGUUUUUGUACACGCUUCCCUCAGCCUGCCCAUGAGUGGUGUUGUCUGCUGUUCACUGGUGUGAGCCGUCCUACCUGGGCUGUUUUACGUACUGUAGAACAUUUGGAAAUGUGACAAUGAAACAGAAGAAGAGCUGAUUCAAUUCUUGGACUGGCUGACCUUCUAUAUGAACCUCCCGGCACCUUUACAGAGUGUAGAAGAAGAAGAAAUACUCUCCUAAUGAACUUUAAGUGCUCCAGUUGUGUUGGAAAACUCCCCAAAAAAAUGUGUAGAUUUCUGGUUUACCCCAUAUAUUAAUGUUAGUCCUUUUUUAUGGUGAUCGCUGUUUUAUUGUUUGUUUUUUUACUGCAUCACUGAAACAAACGUCAGUGGUGACCAGACUGUUCAACUGGAAAGUGCUCAGUGAGUUAAACCAUUUUUUUUUUUCUUUUUUUUUUUUUCUUUAGAGCCUUUACCAAGAUUUGGAAAAGAACCAGAAAAGACUCUUGGUACUAUGUACCACUAAUGUUUUCUGACAUGUAUGUAUGUGUACUUAAUCUAUAAUAUAUUUAAAUUGUGUUUGAUUUAAAUACAUAUAUUAUGAAAUGUU